AUUUGCGUAGUUGGUUUCAUCAAAACAUAGGAAGAAAAAUGGCACAUCAAGCUCACAACAUUGCCUGGCAUGCCCUGACGUCGAACUUAAAAUUCUACUCGCCCAAAUCACCCAGCAAAGACAAGCCCACCAACCUAUACUUCCAAUUCAACCCCAACCAGACCGACGACAUUCGUCAUUUCGCCAUUUCAUUCGCGAAGAAUAUCAGAGAACAUACAGCAUGUGAGCGCAAGAAAUAUCUUGCCAGAUUUGACGUGCCAAACGAGGACGAUGUUCUUUUAACAGAUGCUACAACACAGAAGAUCAGUCCACUUGUGUACAAAUGGCGACACCGCUAUCAUUGGGAUCUGGCGGUCCCGUCGGAAACGAAAUCUUUAACGAGUCCAUCACUCCGACGACUCUGCACUCAUAAUGAUGGCUUUAGAUGCAGAUGCGCAAUUCCAUUUCAGGAAAGAAAAGUAUCAUCUUUUUUACGACAGUAUACAUCCAACCGCUGUUAUGAAUUCUUCAAACUGAAUACGGAGGCAUUCUACAAUAUUGAGCUGGUCAAGACACUUCUGCUAUACAGAGAGAUGGAGCCCAUCCUUCGUGUUUGUGCUCAUCCUAAUGUGGAUAUUGAGGAAUGGCAAUCACAGGCACAAUGUUAUUGCGAGGUUUAUGAUGCCGGCUGGGAUAUAGUCUAUGAAUCAGCCCUAAAUGCGUAUCUCUGCCUGAACAUCCUCUACGAAUUCCCCGCAUUGUGGGAUUCCACAUCAUCAUCAAGCAAGCUAGCAGACUACAGAUCGACCAAAUUGUACCAACGCACGCUCCGGACAUGUACCUAUUCCACUUGCACGUCUGAAAUAGCAAAAUACCCACACAGGGCAUUCUUCGGCAUUAGCGAUGACCAGUUCAAAUUUGGUCAGAAUAAUAUGCCUGAUAUUUAUAGUAUUCAUAGUGCAGGCAAGUAUUUUGAGGACGAAAAAAACUUUCCGUAUGGACUGGCGCCAAUUGAAGAUUUCCUCAGUUCGAAGAAACAUGAAGUAGAGUACUUGCCAGAUAUUUUUGCAGUCGCAGUCGUCAGGGAUGUAUUACGUCUGAAAAGUUUACCGGAAGAGUUGGUCUAUGAUGUGAUGGAGAGAGCUGAUUAUACGGUGAAACGCAGACUUAUUUAUCCCGACGAUCCGUUUCAUCCAGGAAAUCGGGAUGAGCUGCAGAGGUAUUUGAAGUAUUGUUGGCAGUUGGUGGUUAACUGUAAUAUGAUGGCUGAGGAGCUGGAGGUAAGUAUUGAAUGGGAUGAUCUGAUUUAUAAAUUUCUUUCUACUUUUCUGUCCUCGCCUGGUGGAAGGAAGAUAGGUAGCUUUUAUCUUUUCGAUUGAACAGCAUCUUACUGGUUGACUCGAGCUCGAACGUCCUAUUUCUGUCUAGCCUCACGUAUGUAGAACAUUGUCGACUGGAUUCAGCAAAUUCAUCUGGACACUCUCAGUUGCUGGUAGCCUUGUCCUGUGUAUUAACGGGAUAUUAGGACUACCUAGGUAUCUGAUCCUCGAGGUAGAUAUAGGAAUCGUCGAGAUGAUCACUCAGUCUUAUAAAUGACAAGCCAGUACUCAUGAUUAGUCCUAAGAAUUGCCACAAUGAUUUGUUAUAGUAUUGAGACUAUCAUUGCAUC